UUAACCGGCCGGAAUUUUUCUUAUACACAAUUUCCAAAAAAGUAAGAAUCUGCUGUUAGCGUCUUUCGAAGAUUUGCAAUCUCUCAUUGUGAGUUUUGUGAAGAAGGUCACAAUGAGUAAGCCUAAGAGAUAUAAAGAGUAUCUUGAACCUGGUUCAGAUGAGCCCAUUCCAUUAAGCUCAAGAAAGAAACCAAUUCCUUGGUGAAGAUGGAAGAUUUUGAAAUGCUUCAGAAUUUCGAAGAAGACGAAACUUUUCAGAGUCCUGUCUGUACCGAAGAGACGUUAAUUGAAAGCUCGGACAUUUCCGAACGAGAGAAAAGCACCGCAGAUGUAAGCGAUGCGGUUUUCAACGUUGUGCAAUCGUUAGCAGAUGACUUGGAUCUCAUUGAAAACGAAACAAAACACUUUGCUGAGGGAGCAAGUGAGGUCGCUGAUGAUUAUUUUACUGAUGCUAUCGAUUAUGAGCUUGAUGACAUCUUUAUGGACACGAUUGAUGACAAAACUAGGAGAAGUAGUAAUCAUGAUCUUGAAGUUUGUUCUAGGGCACGCGCUUUCAUUAACUGAGGCUACUGAUUUAUUUUUCAUGAUUAAUUGUAUUUUUGCAGAAUCUUUUCUACUAAACACUCGAUAUUUACUUAAUAAAUUAUUUUAUCCGAAAAGUUGUAUGACU